AUGUCGACUGUUUCACCAUCGUUUUCAACUACUUCUCCUUAUUCAACAACUACUUCGACUUCUACAAUGAGUUUUUAUAUCGAUGAUGGAUUCUACCCAUUGGCACGUCAUUCAACAAGAGUGCGAUCAAGUCGAGCAGUUGGCUCCAAAUUCGAAGUAGCUGCUGGUGAAUCGCGAAGUUCGAAAGACAAACUUUCACUUCGAGUUCCAACAUGUUAUGGUACUGUAAGCAUCAAUGAAAGCCACGCUCGUCGUGCUGCNUAUUCAACAACUACUUCGACUUCUACAAUGAGUUUUUAUAUCGAUGAUGGAUUCUACCCAUUGGCACGUCAUUCAACAAGAGUGCGAUCAAGUCGAGCAGUUGGCUCCAAAUUCGAAGUAGCUGCUGGUGAAUCGCGAAGUUCGAAAGACAAACUUUCACUUCGAGUUCCAACAUGUUAUGGUACUGUAAGCAUCAAUGAAAGCCACGCUCGUCGUGCUGCUAAAGCAUCGCGAGUCAAAGCAAGUCGAUUUGCAGCUGCUUCCGAUAGUAUUUACAAUGGAGUUUCCUUCUUCUAA